GCGGUGGGCGAGUCGUGUCGGCGUGCGUUCCUCGCCCAUCGCAGCAGUGCCUGCGUGCGGAUCGCACCGCGCGUGUGGCAGGUGCCUGCUGGUGCUCCGCCGUCGCAGGUCGAGGGGUCCAAGCGGCCCAAGCUCUCUUCCGUUUUGGACCUCCACAAUUCCAUCUCGCUGCGCCAUAAGCAGAGCGAUUGCUCCUCCCGCGUCCGCUGCAAGUGCUCUCCUCCCUCGCUGGAGUUCGAUCCCCUGCGCCAGAGCGAUGACUCUGCAUUCCCUGCAGCGACCUCCUCUACAUCCUCGCAGCGGCGGUGCACUUGACUGAACAUGGCUGCCCGCCGCCAUCGCUCCUCCACGGCUGCCUCGCGCGCACCGCCCAUGAACAACCAGAUUGCCGAGCUGCGUAGCCUCUCCGACGAGCUCAUCCGCGCCUGCGAGGCGUCCCCGCCCACCGCAGAGGUCCUCCAGACCCAGAGCAACGCCCUCCGCCGCAUGCGCCAGCUGCUCAUUGAUUCCCACGAGCACACGCAGACCAAAGACGCCUUCCGCCACGUCCGCGGCUUCGACGUCCUACUCUUGACCCUCCGCUCCGUCUCCGGCUUCUACAAGCCUGACCAGCUCUCCGCCCCGGAUCGCAUCGACUUUUUCGAGGUAAUCAAGAGCACGCUGGAUGUGCUCUCAGAGGCCCUCAAUGAGCACUCCGGCAACAGGCGCUUCUUCGCCACGAGGGUUGAGGGCAAUGGCUGGAGUGCGUUGGAGCAGGCCUUGGGCAGCACCGGCAUCUUCGGCGGCCAGUCCAAGAGCAAGCGGGAUGAUGCGGGGCAGGAACAGCUGUUCGGCAGUCUGUUCGCCUUUGCACUCGGCGAAGAGGCAGUAACGCGCAUCUUUCGCGACAUAGACAGGAAGGUCGAAGAGAUACAAGCCGGGGCAAAGGAUGCUGGACCCCAGAACGGACGACAGCAGGCAGAGACCGCAGCCGAAAUCGUCGUCACAAGUCCACGCUCCACAUACAGCGAUAUCGAUAUCGACAUCGACGCUUUGCGAGCACAGGUGCGAGCAAUAUUCAGCGGCACCGAGGUCCUCCAGAACUCAGAUAUCAUACCCACUAUUCUGAACUUUUGGAAGGGCUUGUCUGGCGAAGACGCGCCAGGAACACGUUCUAAGCCGUUAUCAGUGGCUGUUCUACUCGCCAUACUCGAAAUCACAACCAUCUCUUCGUAUAAUAAAGCUGGUGUGCAUAUAACCGGCGUGCUCAGCAUCAUACUUCCCUUGUUGUUUGACAACAAAUGUGCACCGGUUGAGGCAGGGCUCCUACGUGAGCUUGCGGAUCAGCUCAUCGAGUUUGGAAUCAACAACCUCGAUGAUGCCUACUAUCUGUUUCGAAAGGCAGCAACGUCCGAGCAUGCCGCAGAGUUCCUGCAUCAAGGCAUGCGCCUGUCUCGUGGGGCGCCUUUCAUUCAGUUCGAUCUCUCACUGCACGGUUUCAGCGCCAUCGAGCUCCCAGACAUGGGCCGGCCCUUCCCGCCUGUUUCUCCCGGUGGCGGCUACACCUUCGCUACCUGGGUCAGAGUGGACAAAUUCGAUACAAACUGUCACACUACAAUCUUCGGCGCAUACGAUGAUACACAGACCUGUUUCUUGAUGGCAUACUUAGAAAAAGAUACCCGUUGUUUUAUCCUGCAGACAUAUAUGGGUCACUCGGUUGGCAUAACUCCUAGUGUUCGCUUCAAGAAAGCACCGCGGUUUCAAGAAGGUCGGUGGUAUCACAUCGCGGUUGUCCACAAGCGGCCGAAGGCUUUGAGCCUGGGUGCACAUCAGGCAUACCUAUUCGUAGAUGGUGAAUUCACCGAGACUAUGAAGGCACACUACCCAUCGCAUCCUCCCGUGCUGGAAAGUAGCCAAGAAAGCUUUGCGUCCUUGUCGUCCAGUCGCGGCCAGCAUCGCGUGCUUGCUUUUCUAGGCACGCCGCGAAAUCUUGCACCUCGACUCGGGCGCAAUGUGUUGUCGUCGAGGCUAUCCAUGGCCUCGUUCCAUCUCAUUGCCGAGCCAUUGUCAGACGAACUUAUUGCUGUAUAUCACAAGCUUGGUCCGCGCUAUUGUGGCAACUUUCAAGACAAGCUUGGCUCAUUUCAGACUUAUCGUACUUCUGCAGAACUUCACGUGCUCAACGAGAUCUUGCAUCCUGGAAAGGAGGAGCGCUCCGAGAUUGUGUCCGCCAUACGCUCCAGCGCGGGACAACUGGUGCCCGAGUCCAAGAUAUUACUCAGCUUCUCUCCAAGCUCUGUCAUGGACGAUGAUGAUCGGAACGCCAUUGACGAGUCGCAGCUGAUUCGAUCACUAUCCCGAGAAUCUGCAAGAGCGCUGCAUCGAUACACCAGGAUGCAUGGUACACCCAUCAUCAUUAACGCUGCGGUACCAUCAGUGAACGAUGCUCUGUCCCAAGUCCGCGGGUUUGGUAGAUUGUCCGGAGAUGCUGUGGUCGUUGUGCCUCAAGCGCUCGAUGAUGCCAUAUGGAGGAUAGGCGGCUGUUCGGCUGUCGGGCUGAAACUUGUCCAGUCCGCUCAGAGUCUAGAAUCUGUAUUGCGUGCAGUCCAAAUUCUGCUCGAAGCCGUGGAAGGGAACUGGCGAAAUUGUGAGGCGAUGGAACAAAACAACGGCUUCGCUGUCCUCGCUGAAGUCCUGCGCCAGAAAGUUGGGCCUAAUUUGACAGGAUACAAUACGCGAUCAUCGCCCGCUAUCGAUGUGAGCGCUGACGAUCGCGAGGCUUUCCUUCUUCAACUGCUCCGGGUCGUUCUGAAAUUUGUGGGGUACGAUGAGGAACAUCCCACUGAAUCACUUAUCAUAAAUCCUCUAGCCUAUCGUGUUCUCCUCGUUGAUUUGGAGAUUUGGCGUCAGUCUAUGUCUCUAGACAUGCAAAAACUUUACUACAAGCAAUUCAUCGACUUUGCCAGAGGGAGCAAGCAUCACCACUACAAUGCAAAACGAUUCCAGCGUAUCAGGGUUGUCAAGCGAUUGACUGAUGCUCUUAAGGGGGAACCCUUCACUGCACAAAUUUUCCCACUGUUCCUUGAGGCGUUCAAAGUCCUUCUGCAAGCAAACUUCAACGGAGAAUCAUCCCGUUCCUUGUCGCUAUUCGUCACGUAUGCCCUACAUGACAGCCGUGCUUCGUAUAUCAAGCGACCAUUGCGGCCAAAGCCUAGUACUCGCCGCCUCAGGAAAGGAACGCCACCUGCACUAACGCCUGGAGACACACCUCGAUCAGCCAGUCCAGGCCAAGAUCCCAGCUCACCGACAGGCUUGCCUCUUGCUGAGCUAGGUAUUUCAAUUUUGCGAAUGCUCGCAGAUCUUCUAUGUGACCCUUCCAACUCGAACGAGAUCGUGCGGUUCGCGAAGAACGUGACUGGAAAGUGGCUCUUGUACCUUCUCGCGGAGCCAGACCAUCGCGUUGUCGUGCUUGCUGCCAAGAUUCUUGCCCGCCUUCUCGUAGCCAAUGGGCAUCACUACGUCAAGAAAUUUACGGAAAAGACGGGCGGAUUCGUCAUACUGAAGAACAGGUUUAGGCAAUGGUGGAAUACACCCGGUAUAUGGACGAUAUGCUUUGCGCUGUUGUUUGGCGUGGAUGUUGCAAAGAUUGAUUUCGAACGCGAUUUUGAUGUCCACAAUCUAGUCGAGAUCUUUAUCACCAAAUCUCAGAACUCGAAAGUGGAAAUAGUCUAUCCAGCCGUGUUUGCGGUCAUCACCGCUAUGCUUGAUACUGGCCUGCGCGCCAUAGUUCGAGACCCUGGAAAAGCAGAAAAUGAGCCGCCCAAGAGCGACGAUGGGGCAGCUAUCAUAACUAGAGGGCGUCGACGCACGAUGUCACUGAAUGCGAAGCAGCCCACUAUUGAUACGAAAGGCCCGCAGUCGGAGCGCUUGAACAACUAUGCUGGUGUUUUGAACUCGGCCAUUCAAUUUCUGUCCGAGCUGCACUCUCGGUCUGAGGUAUUCCGAGAUUUCACUUGCUCAUCAACUUACGUACAGGAGCUUUUGUUCGUACUCUACCCGGUCAUUGUAUCUUCCGACUGCGUGAGCGCUGAGACCGAGCUACUUUCGCGCGGCUCUGCUUUGACAUUUGAGGGCCAGGAUGUCGUCAUACAACCCUUGUCCAAGGCCAAUGGCUCCCAAGCACCCGUUGUGCGGACCACAACAGUAAAGGCUUCGCCCUCGCCUUCAGCACAACGCGUUGUACCACUUCGACGAGCUUCCUCGUUUGUGCUCGUCUCCGCCGAUAAGGGGAAGAAGGACCAGACAGCUACCAGGCUCGAAACGAUCCUGUCCCCUAGACAGAACGGACCCGUAGCCAUGAGAAUCGGAAGUUCGGUUGUAGAGGCGGUUCUGGAAGUUGUACUACUUGUAUACCACGAUCAGCUCUUCAGCCGCAAAGAGUUUCCUGGGCUUGCUUUGUUCAUGAGGACGCCCCCUGGAUUUCAAGAGCACCAAGCGUACUUUGAGUCAUACGUUAUGCGACAAACCAUCUCUUCAGUCACUAGUGCUCUACAAAUGGACCAGAAACUACUCCACGAACCGCGUGUGCUUAGCAACCUCUCGCGACUCGUUACUCACCUUUCCGAGGCCGUUUUUGAAGGCUGGUUUCUCGGCGGCGCAGAGCCUUUACUCGAUUUCAUAGGCUUCCUGCUGGAGUAUCUGGAGCGACCCGAUAUCGCUAAGAUCAAGACCGUUCAGCUCUGCGUGAAGCCAAUCAAGACGAUUCGCGAGAAAUUUUUAAGGGUCAUUUUGUUGCGCUUAGCUGAACCAGACAGCUCCGAAGAUGACUCCCCCAUGUCUCGCCCUAUAUUAAAGGUUGUCUACUGGCAGCCAAUAAUCUUAUCGACCGAGAAUACCGAACUCUUCCAUAUCCGGCCUAUGUGCUAUCUGCUGUAUACGAAGUUAUCAUCGCCUCAUGAGGACGUCCGCUUAGCUGCGGUCAACUUCUGGCGCCUGUUCUUUGUACAAAAGCCCGCAGAGGCGGCAGCGAUAAUCAACCAGACGAUACCACCAGAGAAGCGAGAACUUCACGAAGGCUUCCAAAAGCUCACAGAGUUGGACAACGAAACCUUCUUGGCGUGGUUCGAAGAGCACCAGAUAGAUCUCGAUCGAUUCUUCUACGGGGCUAUGAGCAAAGCCUGGGAAGAUUAUGCGAAUGAUCAAAACAAGAAAACUGAGAGCACUUCGCAAGAAAGGAUCGCAAAGCGAAGAGAGAAGCUGAAGCAGUGGCAUCAAGAAGAAAUUACCAGCGAGCAUGUCUGGAGCCAGCAUGAAAGCACUCUGAACCAUUGGCGGUCAAACAUCCACGCUUCGGAGCGCACCAAGCACCAGCGGGACUUGCAAGACCAACAAGAAAAUGCAACUUUCCUAGCGACUGUGAUGUCCAAACUGGACAGACAGCUAAGAGGUCCUUGCGCGCUCUUCGAGGAUAGUCCUGCUCCCAAGUGGCGCUUAGAUGAGACGGAGGGCCGUGACCGUAAACGCCUACGCACUAUCAUCGACAGUGCAGGUCGAAUACAAUCGUACCAACCUAAGCGAAAAGAUACAGACCCGAACUACAGGGACAAGCUAAGGCUAGACACCGCUGUCCCGUCGAUCUCCGCCAAGGAUGCUCUCGGCGUCACGCCCAUUGCCAGUGCCAGGAAACCUUCAAUAUCAAUGAGUGCACCAGAUGGUUCAAAAGACGACGCAGACUCCGGAAGCGAAGACGACUUCGAGAUGGUCGAGGCCUUGCUUGAAGACGAGGACGGGUUCGAAGACAAGAACCGCAAGGUCAUGAGAAGUCUUAAUCGCGGCGAUCAAGUGCAGUAUGUCUGCAACAUAUCUCGUGUGGUGGGCUUGGAAGCAAUCGAAGGUCUUCUGAUCGUCGGCAAGGACUGUCUAUAUCUGCUCGACGACUUCUUCCAAAGAGCUGAUGGCGAGAUCGUAAGGGUUUGGCAAGCUCCCACCGAUGAAAGGGAUCCCUAUGUUCAGGUGAUUGCAGGAAAGGAAGCCGUGACGAAUCGCCGACCACCCCCACGGACUCACGACGAGACAACACGACACUGGAAGUGGAGCGAAGUUAUCAGUAUCUCCAAGCGACGCUUUCUCCAUCGAGACGUUGCAAUCGAAGUUUUCUUCGAUGAUGGUCGCAGUUAUCUAUUGACGGCAAUGUCGAACGUAACUCGCAACGAUAUACACUCGCGUCUCAUGCAACGUGCGCCACACGUUGCUAAACCGGAUUUACUUGUCAAUCCUGAACUUUCUUGGCGUCUUGACUCACUGCGAAAUCCGGAAGAGGCACCGCAAACACUAAGUUCGCGCUGGGCGUCUGCUUUCAGUACCGUAUCUUCCCAUCCAGUAACACGGAGAUGGAUGAAGGGCGAGCUUUCGAAUUAUCACUACCUCAUGUUUGUCAACACGCUUGCUGGCCGUACAUUUAACGACCUCACACAAUAUCCUGUCUUUCCGUGGAUCAUUUCGAAUUAUACCGACGCUGAACUCGACUUGACAGAUCCAAAGAACUUCCGGGACUUAUCGAAGCCCAUCGGUAUCCAGAAUCCCAUGCAAGAAGAAUUCGUCCGCCAGAAGUACGAAGCGAUGCUAGAGAUGGACGACACAGGGGACGCGGCACACUAUUUGACCCACUACUCGUCAGCCAUGAUGGUUGCUUCUUAUCUGAUUCGUCUUCAACCAUUCAUGGCUGCCUUCUCUCUUAUUCAGGGUGGCUUGGACCAUGCAGAUCGUAUGUUCUACUCUAUCAAGAGUGCAUGGGAUUCGGCAACAGGGUCUAACAUGACGGAUGUAAGAGAGUUGACGCCAGAGUUCUUCUUCCUUCCUGAUUUCCUUACCAAUGUCAAUGACUACGAUUUCGGGCUGCGAGCUAGUGGACAUAGUAUCGACAACGUUGCAUUGCCACCGUGGGCUAAGGGUGAUCCUGCGAUCUUUAUCGAGAAGCAACGCGAGGCAUUAGAGAGUCCGUAUGUGAGCAAGAACCUGCAUCGCUGGAUCGACCUCAUCUUCGGGCACAAGCAGCGCGGCGAAGCGGCAGUUGAAGCAGCAAACGUCUACGAGAGGACAACCUACCAAGGCGCCAUCGAUUUCGACUCUAUCACAGACGACAAACUACGUGAAUUGCAUAUCAGCCGGUUGAACAAUUUUGGGCAGACACCGGUUCAGGUAUUCCAGCGACCACAUCCCCAGAAGGAAGACCUAAAUCCCAAAUUGCAGAAAUUAGACACUGCCGCUGAAAGUCUCCACCGCCUACCCGGGACCCUCCUCGAAUCCAAUGAUCGCGUGUCAUCGCUCGCUUACAUAACCAAGCAUGACAAGCUCCUCUGCUCAGCACCAUUCAGGCAAAACAUCCCGCCCCUCUAUGAUCGCUACAUGGAAUGGGGAUUCACUGAUGGUAGUGUGCGAUUUUACGACUCCAAUUCGAAGAAGUUGGUGGGAAUUUUUGAACACCUUCACUCUGGCCAACUGACAGCGUCUUGUUUCGUUGAUGGGAGGACACUGAUCACAGCCGGAACUGACUGCACAAUCGCAAUUUGGAAAGUUCACAAGACAGAAAGAGGUACAGUCGAACUCCAAUGGACAAUCACGCUCUUCGGGCACAAGAGCCCCGUCGUCACCCUCGCUGCCUCCCGCGCAUUGUCCGCUUUCCUUUCUGCUUCUUCCGACGGCCGCGUCUUCCUCUGGGAUCUCAAUCGAUUCGAAUUUGUACGCGAGCUUGACUUGGGUCCAGCACAAAAACGGAACCCGGUUUCCACCCAAGCCGCGAAGAUUAACAACGUCACUGGGCACAUCACGCUAGCAUGCGGCCCACGUCUCAUUGUGACCACACUCAACGGGGAAUUGCUGCUCGACCAAGACAUCGGCGACGGCGACGACGACUUCGAGGGCAUCACCGCGCUCGCCCUCUACGAAGGCGUCGGCAACGAGUGGUGCGAGCGCGAACUCAUCUUCACCGGCCACCGCAGAGGCGUCGUCAAGAUAUUCCACCUCCAACCCGCGCCCCCCUCCAGCACCGCCACAUGGGUGAUCUCGUUGGUAAAGCAGCUCAACCACGGCGACCCGUCGCGCGAGGACGGCGCAAACCACCAGGCGCCGAUUACGUGUAUUCUUCCGAUGCCGCACAAUGUGUACACCGGCGACGAGGAAGGCAGAGUGGUACGUUCUUCUUUCUUUGAUCUCAGAGAGUGGUGUAGUCGUGAGCAGGGGUAUGCGGGGCAGGUGGAGUGGAAGGGCGGCAAGGAGACGAGAGUCGAGUGGGGUGGGACGCAGGAGGUUGUUAGGAGGUUGAAGCUUUUUUGAGGCAGGGUGUGCGCGGGUGAAGGGGUGUUUAUGGCGUUGAAAGGUGGAGGAAGAGGGUCGGGUCGUUGGUGAGCUUCACCACUUACUUGCUUAUGGUCAUCUUAAUCGCGUUGGUGGACCAGGCUAACGGUUUGUGCAGUAUGAAUGGGAUUGCGUGC